UGCUGCAGCCCAGUCCCGGCCCCGCCGCCGCCCCGCAGCCCCGCAGCCCCGGCCGCGCCCAGCCGGGUGAGGACAGCACCAGGAGGCGGCCCCGAGCGCGGCCACAAAGACCCCCGGCGGCGUCUCUCCGCGGACCGGUUCCACUUUAACUCCAUCAUGUCCUUCGGCAGAGAUAUGGAGCUGGAGCACUUUGAUGAGCGGGACAAGGCGCAGAGAUACAGCAGAGGGUCGCGGGUGAAUGGGCUGCCGAGCCCAACGCACAGCGCCCACUGCAGCUUCUACCGAACCCGCACACUGCAGACCCUCAGCUCUGAGAAGAAGGCCAAGAAAGUUCGUUUCUAUCGAAACGGAGAUCGAUACUUCAAAGGGAUAGUGUAUGCCAUCUCUCCAGACCGCUUCCGAUCCUUUGAGGCCCUGCUGGCUGACUUGACCCGAACUCUGUCGGAUAACGUGAAUUUGCCCCAGGGAGUGAGAACGAUCUACACCAUUGAUGGGCUCAAGAAGAUUUCCAGCCUGGACCAACUGGUGGAAGGAGAGAGCUAUGUGUGUGGCUCAAUAGAGCCCUUCAAGAAACUGGAGUACACCAAGAACGUGAACCCCAACUGGUCGGUGAAUGUCAAGACCACCUCGGCUUCCCGGGCAGUGUCCUCACUGGCCACUGCCAAAGGGAGCCCUUCGGAGGUGCGGGAGAAUAAGGAUUUCAUUCGGCCCAAGCUGGUCACCAUCAUCAGAAGUGGGGUGAAGCCACGGAAGGCCGUCAGGAUUCUGCUGAACAAGAAAACCGCACAUUCCUUUGAGCAGGUUCUCACUGACAUAACUGAUGCCAUCAAGCUGGACUCGGGAGUGGUGAAACGCCUGUACACCCUGGAUGGGAAACAGGUAAGAACGCUGUUGUGGUAUGACCUUGACUUCACAGGGAAGAACCAGGGAAUUGGGGGAUCCAUGUGCCUUGGUGGGGGGAGGGGAUCUGAAACAUGCAUUUUACUGAAGUGGAGGGAGUUGGGUCCUUUAGUCAGCAAAUAUAUAGCUGUUGGCCUCAAACCAGACUGAGGAUAGAGGUAGACAGGAUUAACCAUAAGCAUAAAGUAAAAUAUCUUUCUCUGAAGCUUAAAUGGUUACUCAACAGAUUUCUGGUUUUUUUUUCCAGAUAUUAAUUGCUUAACAUAAUGGUGCUGUUCAGCUGUCUAUUUUCAAUUUUUUUCGUGUAGUAAUGUCUUAUAGCCUUAAGCAUGACUGAGAUGUAAACUCUGACCAUUAGCAAAAAAUCUUAUUUCCUUUCUUUGGCUGAAAUAAUACUAAGAAUACUUUAUGUCUCAUUAAUGUUUGCUAGUGAGAUUUAUUUAAAUUUUAUAGAUUUUUAAGUACAUAUGAAAGGAAUGACAUACUUCCAUCUGAAUGGCUUUAAGAGGCAUAUUUCUAGAAUAUUAUACGUCUUGUAUU